GCCACUUGGCGCCAUGCGUCAAAUGAAUGCGCAGUGCAAGGUAUCUUCCUUUACGAAAGUUUGGUUGCACCACCACGUGUAAUCGGUAAUUCAAGAUGCAGCUAUUUGUUCGCGGACAAAACCUUCAUACUUUCGAUGUCACUGGCACGGAGAGUGUCCAGUAUCUCAAGAAUGAAAUCGCCUUUGCUGAGGGCAUCUCUGUCGAUGAACAGGUUCUCUUCUACGCUGGACAACCUCUAGAGGAUGAACUGAGCCUUGUGGAUUGUGGGGUAGUUGAUCUGGCUACUUUGGAAGUCGGGCUUCGCUUGCUCGGAGGUAAGGUCCACGGUUCCCUUGCUCGUGCUGGUAAAGUGAAGGGACAAACACCCAAGGUUGACAAGCAGGAAAAGAAAAAGAAGAAGACUGGCCGUGCCAAGCGAAGAAUGCAAUACAACAGGCGAUUUGUUAAUGUUGUUGCUGGAUUUGGAAAAAGAAGGGGACCUAACUCAAAUGCACCCUGAAGUGCUAUAGUUGUCAGAAUUACAGUCAUGUAAAUGGUGCUUUCUCUUCAAUAAAAUAUUGUUGUACCAUAA